UAACUGUUUUGUAAUAGUUAUCGAUGAUUAACUUCUCUUAUAUGAGUUUUGUGUUGGCUACCUCUUAAUCUCUUUGGUUAUUGAUAGAAGUUAGAAUUGUUUAUCAUAGGUAUAUAACUAAGUAGUUUGCAUUGAAAAUUUGGUGGCUGCGUAUAAUUCAUGGAUGUAAGUGUAGUAUAGGUAACGUUAGUAAUCCUAAGAGGGUUGAGUCCGGGAGUUUAUUAGCGUUAUGUUGUAUUCUUUGUUGCUAAUUUGACUUUUGCAUUUCUGGGAAAAGAAUAGUAUUAUAUUGACUUAAAACAUGUUAACUGGCCAUGAGGUUGGCCAAGUAUGAUUACAGAUCUGGGAUGUCGGGCAUAUUUUACUGAUAAAUAGAGGCUGUCUAAGAAUGUCGAAAUGUUAGUCAUCUCCUGUUACACAUCGUGAAAUGUUCCUAUUUAGCUUUUUCUUCUUCGCUGGGUCACGGGCAUUGUGCUUUACUUUUUGAAACAUAUUGCUUCAAAUUAGAAUAAAUGGUUUUGAUGACUUAUGGAUUUCAGUGGUAAAGAGGCAAACACCAUUUGCUCUUCUAGAAUUUCAAACUUUAGAACCCUUAGGCAAUCUCUUGGAUUUUGCAUUGAGGAUGCUAUCGAUCUUAUGCAAAAUAAUCUAUUUAAUUACAUAAAGUCAAGUUCCGAAGCAGUAGCUGAUGCCCAGUUUGGUGCUUUAAGCAAGGGUCACAGGCUAAACACUACAAAAAGAUCCUGCCAAAUCUUGUAUCUAAUUAGCUGGUCAGGAGAAUUGGGAGGUUCCAGUAUGGCAGAUGCCAGCCCCAGGACUGAUACUUCAACAGAUGACACUGAUGAGAAGAAUCAAAGGUUUGGAAGAGGUCAAAUGAAUGCUAUUGUGGCUUCUGAUUCUAGCGAUAGAUCAAAAGAUAAAACAGAUCAGAAGACAUUGCGUAGGCUUGCUCAAAAUCGUGAGGCUGCAAGAAAAAGCCGGUUAAGGAAAAAGGCAUAUGUGCAGCAAUUGGAGAGUAGCCGACUGAAACUGACUCAACUUGAGCAAGAGCUACAGCGAGCUCGUCAGCAGGGGAUAUUCAUUUCAAGCUCAGGAGAUCAAUCUCAUUCAAUGAGUGGAAAUGGUGCACUGGCAUUUGACGUUGAAUAUGCACGGUGGCUAGAGGAGCACAAUCGGAAGAUAAAUGAGUUGAGGACUGCAGUCAAUUCACAUGCUGGUGAUGCAGAACUUCGCAUUAUUGUGGACAGUGUUACAACGCAUUUUGAUGACAUUUUCAGGCUGAAAGGCACUGCGGCAAAAGCUGAUGUUUUCCAUAUCUUAUCAGGAAUGUGGAAAACACCAGCAGAGCGGUGUUUUCUGUGGAUUGGAGGCUUCCGUUCAUCUGAGCUUCUUAAGCUUCUUUCAAAUCAAUUGGAGCCUCUAACUGAGCAACAGUUUAUGGGAAUCCAAAAGUUGCAGCAGUCAUCACAACAGGCUGAAGAUUCAUUGUCACAAGGGAUGGAAGCAUUGCAACAAUCUUUGGCUGAGACUUUGGCCAAUGGUUCACCUUCUGCCCCUUCUGGAUCAUCUGGGAAUGUGGCAAACUAUAUGGGUCAAAUGGCCAUGGCCAUGGGAAAGCUAGGAACUCUUGAAGGGUUCCUUCUUCAGGCUGAUAAUCUGCGUCAACAAACACUGCAACAAAUGCAUCGAAUUUUGACAACUAGGCAAUCAGCUCGGGCUCUUCUUGCCAUAAAUGAUUAUUUUUCUCGGCUUCGAGCUCUCAGUUCUCUUUGGCUGGCUCGGCCCCGGGAGUGAGAAAUCUGGUCCUCUUCAAGCCAAUUGACUGUCAUUUAAUCAAAUUAUAUUAGUGUCCUUGGAGCAAUGCAAAUGCAAUGAUUGUAGGGUAGAAUGCUGCUGUUGUUCUUCCACUUUCGAGUCGGACAUUCAUUCAGGAUACAGGUGAGGUCGCUUCUAUUGUGUGUAGAUUUUCUUUGUAUGGACAGAACAAAUGCGGGCAUGCUGAAAUGCUGAUUGCUUCUGUUGUAAAACUUUAGCCCCAUAAUUUGAUGGCUUUGAUUUUAGAAUUAAGAAAGGAAGAUAGGGAAAUGAUAUAAAUAUGUAAACAUAGGAUACAGAUUUCAAUUUGUAGAUCAAAAAGCAGGAUGAAAAUAGUUACGUUUUGGGUGUUUGAUCUUACAGUCUUUUGCUUUUGCUUGUAUAAAGGUUAAACCCUUCCAUUGUUGUAAUGUAAUUGAUCAUACUAUCCCUUGCAUUAUAAUAA